CCAAUACUUUGGCAGGAGCCUUUUUUUUUUCUUUUUUUAAUCUUUAGGAGAAAUGACUAUUCUAUUAUUGGCUCUCAAAAACAGCGAAUUGUGAAAUAAUUUGAGAGAAUGGAAGCUUUGGUGUGCAGGAAGCUUGGUGAUCCAACAACACCACCGGAUUCAUCAGAAACCACUGCUCUCAGUGUCUCAACAUCUCACCCUAUUCCCACACUCAAUUCUCCCACUUCAAUCAGAAUUCGAAUCAAAUCCACCAGCAUUAAUUACCUCAACUACCUCCAGAUACUCGGAAAGUAUCAGGAAAAAGUCCCUGUGCCUUUCGUUCCUGGAUCCGAUUACUCUGGCGUUGUGGAAUCUGUUGGUCCGGACGUCACUAAGUUCAGAGUUGGCGAUCCUGUUUGUUCAGUUGCAGCUGUUGGUUCUUUUGCUCAGUUUAUUGUUGCUGAAGAGAAGGAUCUGUAUGGAGUUCCUGCGGGGUGUGAUCUGGUGGCUGCGGCUGCACUUCCAAUUGCCUAUGGAACAUCUUAUAUUGCAUUGAUACAUAGAGCCAAUCUCAAGUCUGGUCAGGUGUUGUUAGUUCUUGGUGCAGCUGGAGGUGUUGGUCUUUCAGCUGUUCAAAUUGGGAUGAUUUGUGGUGCCACAGUCAUUGCUGUGGCCAGAGGAAAUGAGAAGGUACAGCUUUUGAAGGCAAUGGGUGUUGAUCACGUUGUUGACUUAAGCAAAGAAAAUGUUAUUGAAAGCGCCAAAGCGUUUUUGAAAACAAGAAAGCUGAAAGGGGUUGAUGUUUUAUACGAUCCUGUUGGAGGCAAGCUUACGAAAGAAAGCAUGAAGUUAUUGAAUUGGGCAGCACACAUUUUGGUUAUAGGGUUCGCGAGUGGUGAGGUCCCUGUUAUUCCUGUUAAUAUUGCUCUUGUUAAGAAUUGGACGAUUCAUGGACUUUAUUUCGGGAGCUAUGGAGUGAAUGAUCCAGGUGUAAUUAAAGACAGCGUAAAACAAUUGCUAUCUUGGUUGGCAAGAGGCUUAAUUACCGUUAACAUUUCUCGUUCAUACAAACUCCAAGAGGCAAAUCUUGCAUUCUUGGAUAUCAGGGACCGAAAAGUAAUUGGGAAGGUGAUGAUUACUUUUGAUGAUCCAAAAACCAUAACUUCUUCUAAGCUCUAGACUAGUACUCUUGGUAUGUAUGACUUACCAAGUAUGAAGAUGGGGUCGGUAAGGGCCAAGGCGCAUAUUAUUUCUAGUGGAUUGCCGUUAGAAAACUCUUAUAUCCGCGGUUUAAUUAAUCGCCAGUAGUAUUUGCCAUUCAUAUCAAGUGUGUUGGUUUUGCUGUUUAUAUCUUGAAUUUGGAUGGAAAUGCAAUAGAUGCUCAAUGAAUACCAUCUUCUUCUCUUGA